AUGGCUUUUCUUGUCCUUCGUGAGCGAAAUAAACUUUCAACCAAAUGUCAGCAUAACCUUCGGCAAACUCAAAUUGACGUCGACGAACGACAACUUCCUACGCCAGUGGCGAUGCCAGCCUCAAUAACUUCUUUACUUUCAACUCCCACUCACCCUGCCUUUUCGCACGCGCACCGAACCAAACCCGUUUGCCUGCUAACUCAUUCCCCCGUCCUCCAAACUCACCCCUCUUUCUUUUAUCCGUCUUUCUCCUCUACCCAUCCCUAUUCUGUCCCUCCCCCAACAAAUCGCUCUUUAGAUGCAAACACACUUAUUACAGGCUUCACGGAGCACGUCAUCGUCCGCCAUAUUGAGGUCAACUUUUCGAGCCAUUUUUUUUUCUCUUCUCUCUUUUGUAUUACCCGAAAGUCAUCUUUUUUUUCUCUCUCACGUCUAUCUCCUGUCGCUCGCUUUCCUCACCGCCCCCCACCACCGUAA